AUGAAGUACCUGACAAGGGGGCUUUGUAACCCAAAUCCUAAUCCUCCGAGUGAGUUCUCAGAAAGAUGGAAAGAUGGCGGGAAAAAGUUGGUAAAUCCUAAACAUCUUUUACAUCAACGGUCUCUAGUUCUUCGCUGCAGGCUAGAAACGCAGCUUCCAGAGCAGGAGAGCCUGCCCUGGAGAGGUCCCGGCCAGGUCACUGAACUGCGCUUCACUGCGCCAGCCCCUCCCCUUCAGUAUUUUCAUCGCGUCCGAGGAAUCGGCAUCCACCAGAGCAGACAGAAGGCAGGGAAGAUCAUCCCCCAGGCCCCAAGCCCCACUCUAGAGACCCUGGCCCCAAGCCCGCACGACGUGCCCUGGUGCCUCCAAGCCAAACAUUCCGGGAUUCGGCUUGACACACAAGUCUCUGUCAAACAUUGGAAGGAAAUUUCAGUUCAGAGAUGUCUGAAGUGGGACUCAGUGGUCAGCAGAAACCUGAUGACAGCAGAGUGGUCCAGCUUGUUUCUCCUGGGGGCGUUCUUCCGAGGAUAUUUGGGCUGCCUCCAGAAUCGCAGUGUCUUGGGCCGCCGCAAGGUGGGUGACGUACGGAUCUUCUGUUUUUUGUUUUUUGUGUGUUUUUUUUUUGUGGCCGUGGACACCCUUCAACCCUGUCUUUUGGCCUUCAAAGACUUCGCCAAAAGGAGGGGCGGGAGCUUCCUUCGGCUUUAGGUGGGGCAGGAGCUUCCUUCUUCGCAUUCGGUACCAUCUUGUGAAAAAGGUAUACGAAGUUUUAACACAGGUAAAAGUAGUCUCUGGAGAGAGUGGAUUAAUGGUUACCUUGGGGAGGAGAGACUGACUCACCCCAAAGGGGCCCAAGGGAACUUUGCGGGUAAUGGAAAUGUUCUCGAUUGUGAUGGUGGUUACAAAGGUGUACAUACAUUUGUCAAAAUUCAUCAAGAUGUACACUUAAAUUACGCAUAUUUUAUGUACUUCAAUGCAAGUAGUUUUUAAAAAACAAAAACAUAUUUCUUAGGAUAAAUGACCUUGAAGUCAGUGGUUCUGACACAGGUAGACCAAUGAUCACAUAUUGAGAAACAAUAUUAUAGGUGAUGAGCUGCAAUAAAAAAAUUCUAAUGUGAUCAUAUUUGCAAUGUUAGAAAAAUCAUUCUGGUGGGAAGAGUGACUGAAGACAAUGAGUUGAAGAGCUUAGGGACAUAUAACUUCUGGGCAUAUGGGACAUGUGAGAUCAGUUAUCAUAAAUGUGUUGUGGCACCCAUCUGCACAUUAGAAUAAUUUCCUCUAGAACACCCAGAAACCCAGGUGUAAGGAAAUGGAAAAGGAUGUUUGAAUAAAUCCAGAGUUUUAUUAGCUGGAAAAAAAAACUGCAGCAAGCCACUAAUUUGCCAAGGCAGUUGAGAGUGCUUAAGCAGGAUGGUGUCUGGACAGAAAGGAAAAGAUAAGGGAACUGAUAGAAUGUCAGAAUAGUAACGAGUCAGGAAAUGAGAGCUCAUGAAGCCAGAAAGUGUGUGUAGAAGUGAGGGAGAGGUCGUGGUCAGCAGCAUGUUGGAGUAAUUUAGGGUGAUGAUAAAUCUCAGAUGACUUUUUUUUUAAGUAUAGACAACAUGGAAUGAGCUCUAAGAUAGAUAUUGUUCAGUGAAAAAAGCAAGGUAUGCAACACUUUUUAUAUAGUAGUCUACCAUGUAAAAGGGGGAGACCAGGCUGGGUACAGUGGCUCAUGCCUGUAAUCCCAGCACUUUGGGACACCAAGGCAGGAGGCUUGCUUAAGGCCACAAGUUCAGGCCUAGCCUGGGCAACAUAGUGAGGUCUCUUCUCUACAAAAAGCCUAUAGUGAGCUAUGUUUGUGCCACUGCACUGCAUCCUGGAUGACAAAAUAAAGCCCCAUCUUUAAAAAAAAAAAGUGGGACCUAGCAUACUCACACCUAUAAUCCCAGCAUUUAUGAUGCUGAGGCAAGAGAAUCUCUUGAGCCUCAGCAAGGGCAACACAGUCAUACCCCGUCUUAAC